AUGGAGGAGGGAGGACAACAGGGACUGUGGUGCUUCUCUUCCAACAGCUGUUCCUUACAAUUUCUGGAUGACAAGCUGUCGAUCAAGUUGAUUGAGCUGAAUCCUGGCCAAAUGGGUAUGACGACGGUUGUAGGUGAUUGGAAGAAUGAUGGCCUGGAGGUUGGGUGCCAGGCGCGUGGCAAUACCGACAAGUAUCUGAGGAAGUACCAGACUGUCAAUGUCAAAUACAGCCCCAAAAUCAUUCAUGUGCGAUUGCGUCAAGGCGUCAAAUACUUCCAAGAAGGCGACGACAUGAAACUCUUCUGCACUGCUAACGGAAAUCCCGACCCCACGUUCGAGUGGUUUAAAGAUAACGACUCGGAGCUGCUGGCCGAGGGGGGGCAGUUGACUGUCCAGUCCGUCACGCCCCAGCACAACGGGAAGUAUAAGUGUGUUGCCAAAAAUGACCACGGAGAAGCGUCGAAGACUCUUGACGUCGACAUCAAAUUUGACAUCAAGAUCCAACCUUCUCGGACUAAGUUCACUCUGGGCGAGGUCAUGACCCUGUUUUGUGAGGUGAAGAGUGGAAACCCCCGGCCCGAUCACUUUGCCUGGUACAAAGAUGGCCAACUGGUGGCGUCUCAGCAAGAUUAUACGGUGUUGGCGGUGCGCCACGAGCACAUGGGGCGCUACACGUGCGAGGCCUUCAACACGGACUUCAAGGACUUGAAAACGACGGCCGAGCGUCUCAUCGACGUGGAAUACCUCCCGAGGAAAACCAACCUAACCCUCUUCGGUUCCGCCACCAUGGUCAAAGCGGGCACAUCGGCCCUGUUACUGUGCUCCGCCGACGCCAACCCCAAGCCCAACGAGUACGCCUGGUCACUCAGCCAAGACGGGAUCUCGUGGGAUCCUUUGGCCCAACACACCGAGGAACAUCUGCUGCUGCGCAAGGUGUCGCCGAGCCAUCGCCCCUGCUACAAGUGCCACGCCGUCAACAAAUUCGGCGCCGGCAAAGACAGCAAACCGCUGUGCAUCCAAGUCGUAUUCCGUCCGACAAACCUGCUGCUGUCCAUGGCCGACAAGGUCCCUGAAAACAAGCAGGUCUCCGUGCGCUGCUCGGUAGAAAGCCUGCCGCUCUCCACACUUAGUUUGAGCAGGACGGCCACUGACCAAUCGUCCAUGCAGUCUGUCGCCACGAAACUCAGCAUGGAGGCACAAAACAACAUUCUGUCCUACAAUUUCACGGCCACCUGGGCAGACAGCGGCGUUUACGCCUGUGAAGCCGCCAACAGCUUAGGAAGUGAAAUUACACACAAGACCCUGGAAGUCACAUAUUCUCCCAAAAAUGUGGCGGUCAAAGCGAGUCCGUCCUUGGCGGUCAUGAAAAAGCAAACAUUGACGCUGCAGUGUGUCGCCAACGCCAACCCGCCCAUUGAAUCGGUGAUAUGGUGGAAGGCGGGCUCUGUCUGCCAAAAUGUGACCGAGACACAAACCUUGACGUUGACGUUCGUCACGCCUGCCGACGCCGGCGACUACGCUUGCACGGCCGUCAACGAACUGGGCUCGGCCAAAUCACCCCCAGUAAAGGUCGAAGUCCACUACGGUCCGUCCGAGCCGGUGCUGUCCAUGGCCACCGAUGUGACAGAAGGCGAGCCGGUGUCCAUAUUCUGCUCAGUGGAAAGCGAGCCGUUCUCCAUCCUCACCCUGACCAGGGUGUCCAACGACUUGCCGUCCUUGUGCGCCAGUUCCCGUCGCAACGCCGUCCAAAACAACACGCUGUUCCACAUAUUCACAGCCACUUGGGAAGAUGGCGGCGUUUACACCUGCGAGGCCGACAAUGGCUUUAGAAGACGAAGCUUGCAAAGGACUUUGCAAGUCUCAUAUGCUCCCAAAGAGGUGGCGGUGAGAGCGCAGCCUUCUCUGCUGGUGACAGAAAACGACACGUUGACGCUACAGUGCGACGCCCUCUCAUCCCCACCCGUCCACUCGGUGAUGUGGUGGAAGGUGAACGGCUUAAGUUACCAAAACGUGUCUCGCAGUCACACUUUGACCAUGACGUCCGUCACGCCCGCCGACGCCGGCUUGUACGGCUGCACGGCCACCAACGAGCUGGGGUCGGCCAGGUCGCCUUCAGUGGAGGUCCAAGUCCACCCUUGGUUCCUGGAGUUCAUCGUCCCUCCCAUUUGCGUGCUCAUUGUCCUGGUGCUUAUUGUCAUCUUCAGGUAG